UCUGAACAAAUUCCAGUUGUGAAAGUCCCAAAAGCUUGUGGGUACACACUGAUUAAAGCUCUUGGCCAUGUGACUUUUUCCAUACCCUACAAAGGCUGUCAUGUUAGUCUUCAGGGUGGCCAUUAUGUUCUGGAAGUCCUCUACAAUCCUGCUGGUGGGAUGUGGAGGUCUUUAACAAUGCGUUGUCCUACUCAAGAUCUUCCCGUAACGAUCACUGCUGUUCCAGCUUCUCUGCCUAAAGUGGUUUGUGGAUCCUCCGGUAUGACGGUCCUAUUGCCUAAUGGUUAUACAGAAGAUGUUAAAGUUCUUGAUAAAAACCUGCAGAAAGUGUCUGCCAUUGCUUCUCCUGGACACUGUGGCUAUGCUGUGCAGAAGGGUCCCAACUAUGUCUCCUUUAGUGCACUCUACACUGCCUGUGAUGUGUCCAUUGUGCACCACCAUUACGUACUGACUGUUUACUAUAAGACUGCUAGAGGAGCCUCCAUGGUAGUGGAUAUGAAAUGUCCCCUUCUCUUUACACCAAGCACACCUGUCACUGUAAAGCCUGGGACUCCUCCAGCAAUGUGCUACAAGUCUGCAAUGAGUGCAAGGCUGCCUACUGUCUCUGUGCAACUUGUGAAGAUCCUAGACAAAGUAGGUAAAGAAGUAACGGUGGUCAGCCUGGCAAGUAAAUGUGGGUAUCAUCUAGUCAAAGAGGAGAGGGAUAUCUAUUUCAGCGUUCCUUAUACAGCCUGUGAUGUCAAGAUAUUGGAUCACCAUUAUGUGUUAACCGUGAUCUACACCUCCUUUGCUGGGCACAGAACAGUGAUCCACUUGAGGUGUCCUGUUCCUGCACCCUCUCCAAUUGAAGCUGGAGUGUCUUGUUUGGAGGACUACAUGUCCAUCGAGCUGCCAUUGGGUCCUCUUAAUGAAGUUAAAGUAGUUGGCAAGUAUCCAUGUGAAGGGGAUGGUUCUAAAUGUUGUAUGAAUUCAUACUGA